GUCAGCAGAGACUAAGGCCAGCAAAGCCCAGUGAUGGCCAGCAAAAAAUGGCCAUCAUUUUCAGUUACCAAAGAAUUCAUAUUGAGAUUCAACAACACAGAUAACCGAGUCAAGGAGGAAGAACUGUUGGAGCAGGCCCGGAAAUUCACUGUCAGGUGUAAGAGGAAGUUGGGCCUCAAGACCCUGGGCUCUGGGAAGCAUGUGCAUCUUCCGACUGCAUGGGCUGAGGUCAUCUAUCUGGCUCAGUGCAAAGGGGAGAUCCAAGAUGAGGCUUUAAAUAUGCUCUAUGCCUCUUUGGACCAUGUUUCCUUCGAUUGCGACCAGCUUCCCACCCUGUUUUUUCUUGCGGAAUCAGUUUUAUAUCGACUCUGCUGCGAUGCAUUCAAGAAGGAAUAUUUAUAUUCAGUUGAGAUAAAACUGGUGAAGAUUGGCUAUCUGAUCUUCUUACGACUUUUUGUAUUUUUCCUGCACGGUCACUUAGAAAAUUUUAAACAACACUUGCUCAGGCUGCAGCCAUAUUUAUACGCGCUUUAUUACUCGGAACCAUCCUACUACAAGUAUCCAAACAUCCUCUCCAGUCUGCAGUUCAUCCUGAAGACGGCGGAAAUUAUAUGCAAGAGAGAGCUUCAUUUUGAAGUGUUUGAGAGCUUACGUGAAGUGGAGGACCCAUUUUCUGAUACGAAUCAUGUGCAGCUGAACAAGAGAGGCUAUGAAGUCAACCACCUGCUCUGGCACAGUGUGGCUGCGUGGUCCUGCGUUCAGGACAAUCGUCCUCAGCUGAAUGCGGUGCUAGACCACAUCCUCUUCCACAAAGCGCAGCUUCAGACCAAAUGCUGGUUGGAUUCAGCGCUGGCUUUGUUGGUCCUGGGGGAAGCCGCUAAGUUGAACAUGGCCUGCUUGAAAACACUGAUGGACCUAAUGACACAUUUCCUCUUGUCUCCUCAGAGCCAGGAAGACUACUGCAGUAUAUAUGACAUCCCCUGGGCCUCAGACAUCGUCUUCAUAUACACAUCAAUUAUUGCGGAAGUCUGUCUGUACGCAGCCACCUCUGACCUGAGGAAAACAGCUUUGAUUGGGUUCUGUGUGUGCAAAGACCCGCAGCAGGACAUUCACCUCACCAACAAGUCUGAGGAGAUGCCCGAAUUAGAUGGAGCAAGCAUUUUAACUCUGCUGAAGUAUUUCUCUUCCAGGAUCUCUGAUAACUGUGCGAAGGUGAUCUGGGUCGGAUACUAUGGCAUAGUGUAUAACCUGGUGAAGAUGUCAUGGGAACUUCAGGGUGACGAGGAACAGGAUGGAUUUAGAAACAUGGUAUGGCAAACACUGCAAAAGAUAAAGGAUUAUGAGGAAGACCCACGAAUCCAAAACGCAGUAACGAUAGCCCAGGCUGAAUUGAAUGACGCAGCUGACCCUUUCAGCUCAAAGGCCGCACCAAACUCAGAAGCUUUCUCCAAGUACAUCGGGUGGAGAAUCGCUAACACUCUCUCCAGACUCUUUUUCCCCUCUCUGGAUGUCUCCGCUCUCCCUCAAAAGACGCCCGUGGAAACAGACCUGCAAAGGAAACACACCAUCAGCAAAAGGCAGCCCGAAAAAAAGGGAGUAGUGCGCAUUGUUAUGAAGGAACAUCCUUCUGUGUUAGAAUUGUCCAUGUUUCCGUAUCCAGAUUUCUUCACCAAGGCGGAUAAGAAAUUGGAAGAAGUCAUUGACCAUCAUUGGCAAAAAGAUAUGGAGACCCUAAAGCAAAUAGAAGCCGUGUGUGAGGCCCAAAAUCGGAAGGACGAAGAGGAAAAGGAGAAGAUUCGCUUUCAAGAAAUUAUGAAGCAGAGAGAAAGGAAACUGAACAAACAAACCAAACCCUAUGAAAUAACUCCGUCAGAAAAAAAAGAGUGACCCAGAAAAAAAAUGUGGGUUCUGCCAGCCGGAAUCCAGCGCUGCAACAAACGCCAAGUGAGCUCGGCGUAGAGGAGCUUUCUUAGCGUCAGCCUGCUGCAGCCAUUUUAAAAAAGAAGUUGCUAUCUUGGUACCCGUUAGUAGUCACAGCAUAGUCUUAAAUUAACAGCCAACUCUUCAUCACACGUAGGUGAAGUGGUUUCGCCAGCUACACCCAUUCUUCCCUCAGCGGUCCUCCCCUUGCUCUAGGAUCGCUCUUCCAACCACUCUAAGCUUUGACAUUCUCUGCACUGUGAGAAGAAAGUGAAACGAAGCCUGAUUAACGAGUCAGGACAUGAGGUGGGGGUGUGUGCGAGAAUUUUUCUUUAGAGCGAGAGUGAACACGGGAUUGAGCCCCUAGAAUCAUUCCUAUUUGAAUAAAGAAAUUAGGAUGGC